AUGUUGCAGGUGCGACUCCUGAUUGAGCUGCUGGGGCCUGUGCUUCUGUUUAUGGGACUCGUUUGGCUCCGAAAAGUGAAUCCUCUUUAUCGACAGCACGAGUGCCACUUCCCAAACAAAGCCAUGCCGUCGUCCGGAGUCCUGCCGUGGAUCCAGGGAAUCUUCUGUAACACCAACAACCCGUGUUUCCAGACUCCGACCCGCGGAGAGUCGCCCGGCCUCGUGUCCAACUACAACGACUCCAUUCUGGCUCGGUGGUACUCGGACGCUCAGGACCUGCUGCUCUCGGACCCAGACGUGCAGCAGCUCGGACAAAUGUGGACGGAGCUGAACGCCAUGAGCCACUUCAUCGAGACUCUGCGCACACAUCCAGAGCAGGUCAAAGGUGGAGGGCUGAAGGUGGAGAACAUCCUCAAAGACGACGAGAUGUUGACGUCAUUUCUGUUGAGAGACAUCCCUCUGACGCAGACUGUGGUGACCCACCUGGUCACUGCGGAGAUAAGACCCGAGCAGUUUGCCUCUGGAGUUCCUGAUCUCCAUUUGAAGGACAUUGCCUGCAGUUUGAACCUUUUGGAGCGAUUUCUCGUGUUUUCGAGUCGCAGAGGUCUCCACGCCGUCCGCAACGCCAUGUGCAUCCUGACGCCACAGAGACUCCAGAUCAUCGAGGACAAGUUCUACGCCAAUGUAGACUUCUUCAAGGUUUUCAAACUGCUUCCUCGUGUUCUGGACGGUCACUCGAGCGGUAUCGAUAUUCGCCGGUGGGUGCGUGUCGUCUCUGGCGUCUCUGACAAACUGCGAGAGUUUUCCCGCAGGAGGAGUUCCCAGGAGCUCGUGCAGGUCGUGGCUCCUCUGCUCCAGAGAGACGUGUCCUUCAGGGAGGUGGUGUCCGCCGCCUCCGCCCUGGUGUGUGGCUACAGCGAGGGAACCUUCUCCACCGUCACCUCCUACAACUGGUACGAAGACAACAACUAUAAGGCCUUCCUCGGGAUCAGCAGCCACCAGGGGGCGCACGACGACAACAGCACGACUCCGCUCUGUAACGUCGUGAUCCGAGAGCUGGAGUCGGACCCGACCUCCAGGAUCGUGUGGAACCUGGUGAAGCCGAUGGUGAUGGGUCAGAUCCUGUACGCUCCGGACUCCCCCGCGGUCAGAACCAUCAUCAAGAACGCCAACUCCACGUUCGAGGAGCUGGAGCGACUCAGGACUCUGGGAAAGGCCUGGGACGAGGUGGCUCCACAAAUAUGGACCUUCUUCCAAGAUGGAGUUCAGGUCAAGAUGAUCCGGGACGUCAUCAGUAAUCCUUCAGUGAUGGAUUUUAUCGACAGGAGUUUUGAGAAGGCUCCGUUUUCCUCCAAACACAUUCUGAACUUCCUGUACAACGGCCCAGCGGAGCAGAGGCCCCUGGGGGUCCCAAAGUUUGACUGGAGAGACCUUUUCCACCUGAUCGAUCGAGUGAUUCAAAAGCUCAACCAGUACGGGGACUGUGUGCUGCUGGAUAAGUUUGUGCCGAUGCCUGAUGAAGACUCGGUCACACACAGAGCUCUGGACCUUUUGGAAGACGGUCAGUUCUGGGCGGGGCUCAUCUUCACAAACAUGUUCUCAUGGACCAAUCACGUCCCUCCGCACGUCAUGUUCAAAAUCCGCAUGGACAUCGACGCCGUGGAGCGGACCAAUAAAAUCAAAGACAGAUACUGGGACCCGGGCCCCAGGGCUGACCCCAUGGAUGACCUGCGUUACGUCUGGGGAGGUUUCGCUUACCUCCAGGACAUAAUAGAACACAGCAUCAUAAAGACUCACACAGGAAAGGAGCGGCCGAUGGGCGUGUACCUGCAGCAGAUGCCCUACCCCUGUUAUGUGGAUGACCUCUUCAUGCUGACUCUGAGCCGCUGCUUCCCCGUCUUCACGGUCCUGUCCUGGGUUUACUCCGUGUCGAUGAUGGUGAAGAGUCUGGUCCUGGAGAAGGAGCUGAGGCUGAAGGAGACGCUGAAGGCGGCGGGCGUCACAAAUGGCGUCCUCUGGUCGUCCUGGUUCAUCGAGAGCUUCAUGAUGAUGGGCACCAGCACCGCCCUGCUCACCGCCAUCACCAUGGGAGGACGAGUGUUGAACUACAGCGACCCCGUCCUCCUCUUCCUCUUCCUGCUCACGUUCACCACGGCGACCAUCAUGCAGUGCUUCCUCCUCAGCGUCUUCUUUAAUCAGGCCAACCUGGCGGCGGCGUGCUGCGGCAUCGUCUACUUCAGUCUGUACCUCCCCCACGUCGUCUGCUUCACCUGGCAGGACCUCAUCACCAAGGACCUCAAACUGCUGCUGAGCCUUCUGUCUCAGGUGGCGUUCGGUUUCGGGACAGAGUACUUGUCUCGUUAUGAGGAGCAGGGCCUCGGCGUUCAGUGGGACAACAUUCAGACGAGUCCUCUGGAGGGGGACGAGUUCUCGUUCCUCAGCUCCAUGGUGAUGAUGGCUCUGGACGCUCUGCUCUACGGCGCCCUCGCCUGGUACCUGGACAACGUCUUCCCAGGGCAGUUUGGCGUCGGGCAGCCGUUUUAUUUCCCUCUGCGUCCAAACUUCUGGUUUAACUCUGUGGCUCCAGUCAAACAAGAGAAGAAGAAACACGACGAGAACGGGUCAAAUAAAGAACUUCAGACGCAGAAAACGAAGACGGAAGAAGAAGAAACAACGUCAUGUGACCACAAGACUCAGAGGAGACCAGAGAGACAAGCUCAGUGUUAUUUUGAAGCGGAGCCGGUCGAUUUGGUGAAGGGAGUUUGUGUGGAUAAUCUGGUGAAGACCUUCCGUGGUGGCCACAGACCCGCGGUGGACGGGCUCAGCAUCAACUUCUACGAGGGGCAGAUCACGGCGUUCCUGGGACAAAAUGGAGCUGGGAAAACCACGGCCAUGUCUAUUUUGACCGGGAUGUUCCCUCCGACUUCAGGAACGGCGACCAUUUAUGGAAAAGACAUCUGCUCCGACAUGAACGCCAUCCGCACGGCUCUGGGAACGUGCCCCCAACACAACAUCCUCUUCCACGAUCUGACCGUGGCCGAGCACAUCCUCUUUUACUCUCUGUUAAAAGGACGCCCCGUGGCUGAAGCUGAAGAGGAGGUGGAGAACAUGCUUCAGGACCUGGGUUUGCCCCAUAAGAGACACGAGCUCACCCAGAACCUCUCAGGGGGGAUGCAGAGGAAACUGUCUGUGGCCUUGGCGUUUGUGGGAGGAGCUAAAGUUGUGAUUUUAGACGAGCCGACCUCAGGAGUCGAUCCUUACUCCAGACGCUCCAUCUGGGACCUGCUGCUCAAGUAUCGAGCAGGCCGGACCGUGGUCAUGUCCACGCACCACAUGGACGAGGCUGACCUCCUGAGUGACCGCGUGGCCGUCGUGUCUCAGGGACGACUCCUCUGCUGUGGUUCCCCCAUUUUCCUCAAAAACUGUUUUGGUUCUGGAUUUUACCUCACGCUCGUCAGAAAAAUGAAACGACAAACUCUGAAGACGAGCUGCGACUGCUCUGACGACUGCUCCUGUAAAUGCUCCAAAUGUUCAAAGUUUAAAGAAACUCAGGACGAAACGGCUCCAGAGCAACAGAUGGACGGUGACAUGGAGCGGAUCACAGCUCUGGUUCAUCAUCACGUCCCUGAGGCUCGUUUGGUGGAAGCCGUUGGUCAGGAGGUGACUUUUCUGCUCCCAAACCGUGACUUCCAGCCUCGAGCUUACGCCAGUCUGUUCAGAGAACUCGAAGAGACGCUCACCGACAUCGGCCUGAGCAGCUUCGGCGUCUCAGACACGUCGCUGGAGGAGGUUUUUCUAAAAGUCACUGCUGAUGGAAACGCAACCAGCAGGAAAUGUACACAAGAGAGAGAUGGCAGAGCGCCCCCUAAUGGCUCUGGAGCGUGUUUUUCCUCUGAUGUUUCUGGAGGCAGAGGGUCGUAUCAGGUCCGGGGGCUGUGUCUGAUUCUUAAACAGUUUUUUGCUCUUCUGAUCAAACGGCUCCAUCACAGCUCCAGGUCCUGCAAAGACUUUAUGGCACAGAUCGUGCUGCCGGCCAGUUUUGUGUUUCUGGCUUUAACUUUCACCUCGAUCGUCCCGCCGUUUGGAGAGUACCCCCACCUGACCCUCAGCCCCUGGAUGUACGGACGACAGUACACCUUCUUCAGUAACGAGCGCCCGUCGGACCCGGACAUGAGGUACUUGGCCGAGGUGCUGCUGGACAAACCGGGCUUUGGGACUCGGUGUAUGGUGGAUGAACCUCUCGAAGAGUUUCCCUGUAACAACAUCACGACGGAGUGGGAGAUGCCUCUGGUGAACCCGGCUCUCAUCGAGAUGCUUAAAGAUCCACAGUGGAACUUUAUCAGACCGUCCCCUGAGUGUCAAUGCAGCAGCUCCAGAAAACUGACCAUGCUCCCGGUGUGUCCCGACGGAGCGGGCGGCCUGCCCCCUCCACAGAGGAUUCAGUCGACAGGAGAUGUUCUCAUGGAUCUAACAGGAAGGAACAUCUCAGAUUUCCUGGUGAAGACCUACCCAAGCCUCAUCAGGACCAGCUUAAAGAGCAAGUACUGGGUGAACGAGCAGAGGUACGGAGGCAUAUCUGUGGGCGGACGGCUCCCGGUUUUAAAGAUCGACCCCAAAAGUGUCCAGGACCUGGCCUCUCAACUCGGACGACUGCUGAACGUCACAGGGGGUCCAAACUCUAAAAAAUCCCUGAAAGACGUCGGGACAUUUCUGAAGUAUCUGGAGACUGAAAACAACAUUAAGGUUUGGUACAAUAAUAAGGGCUGGCACUCCAUGGUCUCCUUCCUGAAUGUGGCGAACAACGCCAUUCUCAGAGCGAACCUGCCCAAGUCCUCGGUCCAGGCUCAGUACGGCAUCACCGCCAUCAACCACCCUCUGAACCUGACCAAAGAACAGCUCUCUGAGAUCACCGUUCUGAGCACGUCGGUGGACGCUGUGGUGUCCAUCUGUGUGAUCUUCUCGAUGUCGUUCGUCCCGGCGAGUGUCGUUUUGUACCUGAUCCAGGAGCGGGUCACUCAGGCCAAACACCUUCAGUUUGUGAGCGGGGUCAGUCCUGUGGUUUACUGGACGGCCCACUUCCUCUGGGACAUGUUGAAUUACUUCGUCAGUGCUGUUUUGGUGGUGGAAAUAUUCAAGUUCUUUGAUAAAAAGUGCUACACGUCUCCCACAAACCUGCAGCCGCUGAUGUGUCUGCUGCUGCUGUACGGGUGGUCCGUCACUCCCAUGAUGUACCCUCUGUCGUACUUGUUCCGUGUCCCGAGCACGGCGUACGUGUCUCUGUCCUGUAUAAACCUGUUCAUUGGGAUCAACAGCAGCUCCAUCACGUUCAUCCUGGACCUGUUUGAGAGCAGCUCGACGUUGUACAAGUUGAACCAGGUUUUGAAGGUCCUGCUCCUCCUGUUUCCUCAUUACUGUCUGGGCCGAGGUCUCAUCGACAUGGCCAUGAACCAGGCUGUGACUGAUGUGUUUGCUCGUUUUGGUGAAGACCACAGUCCAGACCCGUACAGUUGGCACUACUUGGGGAAGAACAUGUUCUGUAUGGCGGCUGAAGGCUUCUUCUACUUCAUUAUAAAUAUUUUGAUCCAGUAUCGGUUCUUCUUGGAUCACUGGCUCUGUGAUUCUCCUCGGGGCCACAUUCUGGAUGAAGACGCUGACGUGGCUGAAGAGAGACAGAGGAUUUACAAAAGUCACAAAACAAACGACAUUUUACAAGUGCGAGAUCUGUCCAAGACAUACACUGGAACCAUGAACCCGGCCGUGGACAGGAUCUGUGUGGGAGUGUCACCCGGAGAGUGCUUUGGUUUGCUGGGAGUAAACGGAGCUGGAAAAACCACCAUGUUCAAAAUGCUGACCGGAGACACGGAUGUGACCUCCGGGUCGGCGUCAGUCGCUGGUCACAGUAUUUUGACCAACAUCCUGGACGUGCACCAGAACAUGGGCUACUGUCCUCAGUUUGACGCUAUCGAUGAGCUGCUGACGGGCCGAGAGCACCUGCACAUGUACGCCCGCCUCCGGGGGGUGCCAGAGAGCGAGAUCAGCCGGGUGGCAGAAUGGGCCAUUCAGAAGCUCGGUCUGUCGGAGGACGCCGGCUGCACGGCCGGGACGUACAGCGGAGGAAACAGGAGGAAACUGUCCACAGCCAUCGCCAUGAUCGGCUGCCCCGCUUUAGUGCUGCUGGACGAACCCACCACCGGAAUGGACCCUCUGUCCCGACGCUUCCUCUGGAACUCCAUCGUGAGUGUGAUUCAGGACAAACGAGCCGUGGUGCUGACGUCACACAGUAUGGAAGAAUGUGAAGCUCUGUGUACGCGCUUAGCCAUCAUGGUCAACGGAUCCUUCAAAUGUCUGGGAACGAUUCAGCAUCUCAAAUAUAAGUUUGGGGACGGUUACGUGGUCACUCUGAAGAUCCGAGCAGCGAGGUCCGGCCGUGCCCCGGACCUGAACCCUGCAGAGGCCUUUAUGGAGACCUCAUUCCCUGGGUCCAUCCAACGAGAAAAACACUACAACACUCUGCAGUAUCAGAUCAGCUCCUCGUCUCUGGCCAGAAUCUUUCAGACGGUGCUGUCGAACAAGGACAAGCUGCACAUAGAAGAUUACUCUGUGUCUCAGACCACGCUGGACCAGGUGUUUGUGAACUUUGCGAAGCAGCAGUGGCGAGAGGAUGAACACAUCGUGCUUCAUCCUAAAGCGGCCGGAGCUCGGAGGAUCCUGAUCACGUCUCCCAUCCUCAGGCUCCGAAGAAACGAAUGUUUUUAAAAGCUCCACAAAAUAAGACAGAUAAAAGUGGGCGUAGUGAGCAGAGAGUGACAGGCACGUUUCAGCUUCAUGGAAACAGUAGGACGAAUGUGUACAAUGUUAUUUUAUUUCUCAUGGGCUUUUAUUUUGAAAGGUGGAGCAUUAAUGUGCCUGUGCUGCUCACCUUUGGCCUUUGUAAACGAAACCUCACCCUUAACCAAUCACGUCAAAGCACAAAGUGUUUGCUGCUUCAGCUGCCAUUAAGAUUCAGAUAUUUCUAAUGCCUUGAUUAAACAAAAAACACUCAGAGGAUUAUAGUUUAUAGCACUUUAUUUAUACGUU